UUUCGAGACAAACACUGAUGCCACGUGAUCAGGAUUAGCCAAUAACUGAGCACGACUGAGAGUGAACGGCUGCGGACGGAGGAGGAAGUUGGAGCUCGGCAGACGACUUGGUUACGGGACACCGGAGAGAUGACUCGUGGAAACCAACGUGAGCUUGCUCGACAAAAGAAUCUGAAGAAAAGCCAGGACAAGUCCAAGAAGCAGGAUGAUGGCUUGUCUGCUGCUGCACGGAAGGAAAGGGAUGCUCAAAUAAUGCAGGAAAAGCAGAAAAAGGCCCUGCAAAAAAAAGAUGAUGGGAAAUAGCCAAUGCGGAAUGCUACGACUUACAAUGGAAGACGACCGAUAAUUUCCAACGUGAUCCAAUGCUGGAUAAGGACUUUAACCUGACGCCCUUCCUUAACCACAGUGCUCUCUAUGCUAAGCACUGCGUUCAGCCUUUUCUCUGUCAUAGGCUAGUAGCAUAGCUCCCUUAUUGCCUCAUGUACAUACUAUAAAUACUCCACUUCAGCCUAAUUCACACUACUUUUCACUUUGUUUUCAUCUCUCCCCCGCUGAUGGCUCUCUAACUGCAUGCUUCUUUAGCAUUGGUUAAGUCUGCUCUAAAAAAUACAUGUUUUGAGGGAGUACCAAACAGAACAUGUCCAUUCAAAUGAAAAUAACCUCUCUUUUUGUAUUCACGGUGACCCAGUUGAAUAUUUAAUAAAGAAUUUUUUUCUGUGA